UUUUUCCCCAUUGCAACUUUUGCAGGCACUCACUCCACAGUCAUGACCGCCACCAGCUGAAGCCAAGACCUGCAAUUUGGCUCUUUCCCGGAGCCAAAACACCAAUCCAGACCCGUGGAGUUAAGUUGCAGACAUCAUCUUUUCAACACACCCCCUGGACCGAUCAUCAAACUGAAAAUCUGGAUGUGAUUGUUUAUUCUUUCAUCCUUUUCUCUCCCGAUGAACUGGGUUAGUAAUGCAGGAGACAGCAGCGAUUCUGUCCACGGCUCAAGAUGGCAGAUUUUUAUUGACUUCUGAACAGUGCUGUCGCUUCAUUUUUUGCCAUGAAUAACAGGAAUUCUUGCACCGAUGGCCCCUGUAUACGAAGCUAUCAAUUCUUCUUGGACGCACAUCGAAACCAGAUUAGGUAUGGCCUCGCAAGUGCAAGUCUUCUCCCCUCACACUCUUCAGACAAGUGCUUUCUUUAGCGUGAAGAAGCUGAAGGUGGAGCAGAGUUGCAACUGGGAUAUGACGGGGUACGGCACGCACAGCAAGGUCUAUAGUCAGAACAGCAAGCAGAGUGUCUCAGUCGCCCCAGUGGGCAUCAACGGCGCAAGUCUCCAGGUCUCCAACUCUUCCCUGUCCUACGAACAGGCACUCCUCUUCCCAGCCGGUUCAGGGCACAUCGUGGUGGCCUCGGCCAGCAGCACGUCAGGGGCGGCGGGUCAACUUUUGGGCAGCACAGGAAGUAGCGGGAGCGGCAGCGGAGGGCACAACCUGACGCGCCGCAGCACAGUCAGUCUGCUGGACACGUACCAGCGAUGCGGGCUUAAGCGCAAAAGCGAGGAGCUUGACAACAACAACGGAAGCAGAAGCAGCGUGCACGUGGUCGAGGAGCAGCAACCGCCCGCACCUAUGAUCCAGAACAACGCUCAGAGUGGGGCCACCGUCGCCACGGCGACCACGUCCACAACAGCGACUUCCAAGAACAGCGGCGCCAACAGCGAGGGCGACUACCAGCUCUUGCAGCAUGAGGUGCUUUGCUCCAUGACCAACACCUAUGAGGUGCUGGAGUUCCUGGGUCGAGGUACGUUCGGACAGGUGGUGAAGUGUUGGAAACGUGGCACCAGUGAGAUCGUGGCCAUCAAGAUCCUAAAGAAUCAUCCGUCAUAUGCGCGGCAAGGACAGAUCGAAGUGAGCAUACUGGCGCGGCUGAGCACGGAGAGCGCGGACGACUUCAACUUUGUUAGGGCGUACGAGUGCUUCCAGCACAAGAACCACACGUGCCUGGUUUUCGAGAUGUUGGAGCGGAACCUGUACGACUUUCUCAAGCAGAACAAAUUCAGUCCGUUGCCGCUCAAGUACAUCCGACCGAUCCUGCAGCAGGUGGCCACCGCACUUAUGAAGCUGAAGAGCCUUGGACUGAUCCACGCCGACCUCAAGCCGGAGAACAUCAUGUUGGUGGACCCAUCUCGCCAGCCCUACAGGGUCAAAGUCAUUGACUUUGGCUCUGCCAGUCAUGUCUCCAAAGCCGUGUGCUCUACCUACCUGCAGUCGAGAUAUUACAGAGCUCCAGAGAUCAUCCUGGGUCUGCCAUUCUGUGAGGCCAUCGACAUGUGGUCCCUAGGUUGUGUCAUUGCCGAGCUGUUCCUGGGCUGGCCGCUCUACCCCGGAGCGUCUGAGUAUGACCAGAUCCGGUACAUCUCCCAGACUCAGGGUUUGCCAGCAGAGUAUCUGUUAAGUGCAGGAACGAAAACAACCAGGUUUUUCAACAGAGACCCUGACUCUACGUACCCUCUGUGGAGACUGAAGACACCCGAGGACCACGAGGCAGAGACAGGAAUCAAGUCUAAAGAGGCUCGCAAGUAUAUCUUCAACUGCUUGGAUGAUAUGGCACAGGUGAAUAUGACUACAGAUCUGGAGGGCAGCGAUAUGCUGGCGGAGAAAGCAGACAGGAGGGAGUUCAUUGAACUGCUAACCAAGAUGCUGACCAUCGACGCAGACAAAAGAAUCACACCUAUAGAGACGCUCAAUCACCCCUUCGUCACAAUGACACAUUUGCUGGACUUCCCGCACAGCGCACACGUCAAAUCCUGCUUCCAGAACAUGGAGAUUUGCAAGCGUCGGAUAAAUAUGUACGACACCGUCAAUCAGCGCAAGACCCCCUUUAUUACACAUGUAGCCCCCAGCACCUCCACUAAUCUCACCAUGACCUUCAACAACCAGCUUAACACUGUGCACAGUCAGGCCACCAACCUGGCUCCCUCUUCCACCAGUGCCACCCUUUCCCUAGCAAAUCCCGAUGUCUCCAUACUAAAUUACCAAUCUGCACUCUACCAGCCUUCUGCGGCCCCUAUGGCCGCCGUGGCCCCCAGGACCAUGCCCCUUCAGCCUGGCGGGCCUCAACUCUGCGCUGCCCGACCGGAUCCCUUCCAGCAGGCCCUCAUCGUCUGCCCACCUGGCUUCCAAGGUUUGCAAGCAUCACCCUCUAAACACACUGGCUACUCGGUGCGGAUGGAGAAUGCGGUUCCCAUAGUAACACAAGCCCCUGGUGCUCAGCCACUGCAGAUCCAGCCAGGCCUGCUGACACAGCAGGCCUGGCCAUCUGGUACACAGCAGAUCCUCCUCCCUCCGGCAUGGCAACAGCUCACACACACCUCCGUUCAACACGCCACCGUCAUCCCCGACUCCAUGACCAGCUCGCAACCACUGGCUAACUGGAGGAAUUCACAUCCCCAUGGCAGCCAUUACAAUCCCAUUAUGCAACAGCCAGCCUUACUGGCGGGUCAUGUCGCUCUGCCCUCCCAGCAACCUCUCAAUGUGGGCGUGGCACAUGUCAUGAGACAGCCGUCAAACAAUAACUCCUCCUCCAAAAAGAACAAGCAGCACCAGAUGAACAACAGGAACGUGUCGUACGACAUGUCCUCCACCCAGGCGGUCACAUCACCUCAGCGCUCCAAGCGUGUGAAGGAGAACACCCCCCCACGGUGCGCCGUGGUUCAGAACGGCCCGUCUGCCACCUGCGCCCCACCACAAACCUGUGGAGGCGGAGGAGGGGGGUGGGGCGGAGAGCAGGCAUUUAGCACCACACGAGACCACCACGGUCAACACAACCCUCCACGCCAAACCAUCAUCAUCCCGGACACGCCCAGCCCAGCCGUUAGCAUCAUCACCAUCAGCAGCGACACUGAUGAAGACGACGACCACAAACAGGCCACUAACACCAGCACGUCAUCCAAACAGAGGAAAAAUGUCAUCAGCUGCGUGACGGUCCAUGAUUCCCCCGACUCCUACUCCAGCAAUACCAGCCCUUACGCUGUGGAAGCCCGACCCAACGGCCCCAACGCCAAUGGCUACGACUCUAAAGUCGCAGUCCUGGAAAACUACAGCAACGGCAACCCGCGUACCAUCAUUAUCCCCCCUCUGAAGAACCAGACAGGCGACAACCUGGGAGAGUGUGAUAGACUCUUGCCUGACACCAUGAACCACCAGAACUCCAUCUACAAGUUCAAGACCUCCAAUGGAGGUUUUUCUGGCAACCACUCAUCAGGGGGCGGUGCUGGAGGCGGUUCAUAUCGGCACCAGCGCUCUGGGCCACACCCCUUCCAACAGCAGCCUCUCAAUCUCAGCCAGGCCCAGCAGCACAUGGCUGUUGAGCGCAACGGAGGUCACCGACGGCAACAGGCUUACAUUACCCCCACUAUGGCCACCCAAGCUCAAUACUCUUUCCACAACAGCCCCACCCACACAGCUAACUACCAUCCCCAUCUGGCCCCACCUCAUCUGUCGGGGCAACCUCACCUCUACACCUACACUGCUCCCACGGCCCUGGGGUCCACUGGCACGGUGGCCCACUUGGUCACCUCCCAGGGUUCGGCUCGACACGCGGUCCAGCACGCCAGCUACCCGCCGGGUAUCAUCCACCAGGUGCCUGUUAGCAUGGGUCACCGCUUGCUGCCCUCGCCCACCCUGCACCACGGUCAGUACCAAGCCCAAUUUGCCCAUCAGACCUACAUCAGCGCCUCACCUGCCUCCACUGUCUACACUGGAUAUCCGCUGAGCCCUACUAAGAUGAACCAGUACUCUUACCUCUAAAGCUGAAACACUGGAGCCCAGCCAAUCGCUGCUUGCCAUUUGUACCCCCACCCCCCUAGAGACAGCCUAUCGACCCUUAACCCCGCCCCCUCGUACCUUCAUGCUUAAACUUGAAGACAAUGAAGAUGCUGAUGGAUAGAGCAAGUGUACUCUCAGAGGAAACCGAAGGGUACUAAGGAGCUUUCUUUUAGAUGAGUUUUAUUUUGCCUUCUCAAACAGGCCAGUUCAUUUUUCUUUUCUUAGUUUUUUUUUAAGAAAGAAAGAUUUUGGAUUUGUUUCUUUCAAAACAAUUCGAAGACGUUUUUACUUCCUUCAUUUCUUUUACAACAAGGUCUCAUCAGCAGCCGUUUGACAGAGACAAAGUUAUACCGAGGUUUUGUUUGGCUUUCCUUUUCUUGAAAUCAUUCACAGACUGUUGAGCCGGCGUCACAACGGGGAUGUUGGAAUUCCUGAGAGAAUUUUUGGAUAAGGUGAAAUACGGAAAUCUGCUGCUCUUCAUAGAAAAAUCUAACGAUGGCCUUGUACUGUCUUAAACGUUUCCAAAUGACACGUGGCAUAGUCGCAUACUCCGCCGCCCUCUCCCAAAUCCACCUGGAGGAAGCUUUUGGAAAUACGAAAAAGACGAACUUUCUAGUGUAUUUAUAGACUUUUAUUUGUGUUCACAUUUAGAAAAGAAAUUAUGUUUGUCAUACCGUAGAACGUUAGCUGGGCCCCUCUAUGUAGAAUGUAGCAGUCUGCACCCGUUUAUUUAAUGAAGAACCUUUCUGAUACCAAUAGAUUCUUUGUGUUUCUCUUUUAAUGUGAUUGCACAACAGUGGUUUUAAUAACAUAGGCAUGUUCAACAUGGUAGUCGGUCGUGUGUUCGCGUGCAUGUGUGCGUGUGCGCCGCGAGAGGCGCUUCCCCGCACAUUUGUGCGAUAUAUUCCUCCACAGUCUUAGGUUUAUCAUUGUUACCUCGUAGUGCCUUACAUAUAUUACGACAGUUUACUUGGCUGGAAACCCUCUAGAACCUGAUGCUAGUCUGAGAAUCGGCUCCUAGGUUGAACAUCUUUAUCUUGAUUUAGGUCCAGGUGUAAGCGUCGGCCCCAAAUGUUAUUUAUGUGCUAUAUCGGAAUCCACGAAAAUAGGCACCUGCAGCGUGCUGCUUGUUUAGCGCGCACGAGGUUGUUUUACAUUUAGCUGAAGAUACUUGCCUGGGGUAAUGAACCAAAGUCGUCAUAUAAAAUAAAGUCACUUUUGUUCUGGAUAGUGGAUAUAAUUAUAUACAGCAUAUUUACUGUACACACCAUAACUAUACAUAUGUUUUAGUCAUCUUGCGAUCAAUCCAACAUCACUGAUUUUAUGGGAAUUUUAGGAGAAAAGUCGAUUAGAGAUCGGUCGCUACCCCCAAAAGCACAUGUACGUCUGUAAAAUGUCUGCUAAAGAUCUGCUGUGUAAAAACAUCUGAUAAACGUCUUAGAGCAGUUUUAUGCACAUUCUAAAUCAUAAACAUCCUACAGACAUCCUCUAGAUGUCUAUAUGACAUCUAUCAGCAGACGUCUCAGAGACGUAUUGCAGAUGUACAUCAAUCUAAACAAUACGUCUUGCAGAUGUAAAUGUUUAUACCAGAUGUAUGUGUGCUAUUAUGGUAAAGAAAAACAUGGAACAUGUUCAAAUAAAGCAUUCUAGGCCUGGAGAGGUCAUCCAAUGUGAAUGCUGUUGUUGUGGAAGGCUGUAGCUGACAGCCGGUCUGAGCCGGGGGCAGAAGUGGUUUAGAAACCGUAAACCUGGGAGAGUUCGAGAAAGAGGGUCUUCUUAGUGUUAGCUGAGGUGCAUGCGGAUGAUGGUGGAUUUGGAUGGGGACUGUUGAGGAGCAAGAGAAGGCAAAUUCCACAUUUUUAAUGAGAAUAGCAUGUUGGCUUUGAGCACGUUGGUAAAGUAGAUGCCGAACGAAAGCAGAGGGGAUUAUAUAACAGCGCACCAUACUCUGAUUUCAGCAUUCUGUGUGUCGUGGGGUUUUAUUUUAACGUCCGCUCUGGAGGCUUGAAUACCUGAAGAUACAACAUGCUGGACUAUAUCACAAUUUUGUCUUAUCGUAUGAAUCACUUACGCCAGUCAGUACGAUAUAGAAAGUGUAAGAAACUGUGGGCCAAUGCUUGUGUUUUGCUGCUUAAUUUAACAUUGAUAUGUUAGCCAAUCGUUUCAUUGAAGCUGUGUCCUAACCAUACGUAACUAAGUGAUCAAAGCUCUUUCAUAAAAUCUGAGAUUCUAUCCAGGCGUGACAAGGCACAGAGCGUUUUGUCGGCCGCUUGAAGUCUAGUGGCAUUACGCUUGGUAGCUCUGCCGACAGUGAAAUCUCGUUGGUUCAGCUUCACUUACUCUUACUUGCUGUGGUUUUUUAGUGUGAACAAAUUCGAUUCAUUUAUGUUCGUUUUGGGUUGUGAUGGUUAGUACACAGUGUUAGCGUGUUGGUUUCGUCUUGAGAACAUGGGCAGUACUUAUGGAGUAUGAAAUAUAUUCCCUACUGCCCUCAUGCCAUAGAACUUGCAUUUGAAGUAGUUUUAUUUUUACUUCAAGGUGUUUCUAUUUUUUUCAGUUUUUAUGUUGCUAGAUAUAUUGUGUUUGUGUAGAGUGUUGCAAUAAUUUUUGUUAAUGUUCAUUAAUGCAGUUUUGUUUUGUUUUUCUGUUAUAUGUCAGGCAGCAUGUAUUUGAUUUCUGGUGAUUAAUAUGUAUGUUGAUUUAUUCAAGGCCUAUACUUUGUAAAUGUGCUUGGCUGAGGUCUAACACCUAACAGUUACGUUCUACCAGACGUUUUCUGUUUCAUUCACAAAGCUGUGCGUCAUAGCUCAGUAGGAUACCAAGAGAUUUCUCCAUCAUAUUUGGUUUAAGCUUCUCAGAUGCAAAUUCUAGCACAGUUAAGGAAAGGCAUCUUCAUUGUUGAAAUCACAUAAAACAUUCCAUUCCAGUAGAGGAGCCGUUGGUGUAUCUGUAGUCUCCAGACACGGGAGCUGGCCAAUACGACCAAAUCAGGGCUCCGCUGGCAUUUAAGUACUUUUUGUUCCUCCCACCAAAGAUAUUCAUGUCAUUGCUCGAUGCACAGACUUUAUCUGUAGUUUAUAUGUAGUAGGACAGGACGUUUCACUGACAUUUGAACAACAAAAUCAGGCCAGAAAAUAUCCUGUUUGUAAAUUGCGUGUGCAGAAAUCAAACAACAAAAAUUUCACCAAAACGACAAAUCUGCAAAAAUAAUAUGUUUGUACAUUUUGUCAGUGGUACAAAACGAAAAUGUCCAGAUCUCUAAUUGGGUGAGAUGGAUGGAUUAUUUUAGGAAGGCUUUUUUUGUCAAUGCCACAUACAGUAUAUGCUUUUUAAAGCUGCUUUGUGUAUUUUUCCAAUGUUAAAUAACUUUCUCUUAAUGCUAGCUUAAUAUGCAGAAACUGAUUUUGUGAUUUGUAGGAAUAUGAACACUGUGGCGCUUUCGAUCUAUUUGGUUGAGUGGCCUGACAUAGCAACACCGGCUCCACCAGUGGUUGAGUUUGGGACAGGGCUGUCUGUUUGUCCGAUCAAUGGAGGAAGAUGUUUUUUGAAACAUGUUUUGUAACAAUUUUUUUUUUUUGCAAUUCCAUUUUCACACUGCAGCUUUAAAUUGUAACAGUUUGUAAGCUUUACCGUUUUUGUUCUAACAAAAUAUUUUAGAAUCACAGAGAUACAAUAAUGAAUUGAAUCUGAGUAAUCACUUUUAUUAACACUUUUCUAAAUGAGCCACUAUAAAUGAAUGUAAGAUUAAGACUAAAAGAUCUCAUUUGUUUUAUGAUUACUUUGCUUGUUAUUGCUGGGUUUUGUCACUUUUGCAAGUGACAGAAAUGUCACAGAAAUGCAAUGAGUCCCUCUAAAACAACACUUCAUUUCAAUCAUUACUAAAGUUUGAACUUUCCUUCAUAUUGUACAUUUCAAUGUGGUUUAAUUCAAAUUAUUAUAGAAAUCUGAAUACAGAGAAAAGUCAGAACGUUUGUGAUGUAACAUGUUUGCUUUUUUCGAGUAUGAACUGUUAACAGCAAAGUACAGUAGACCGUCAUUUUAUGUUACGAAUAUGUGCUGAAAAAUGAACCAAUCAAUUUACCCUUUAUUUUUAUGUAAACUGAUAUUAUGUGAACAAUCUUAUUCACGUGAUUUUAAUGUCAAAAUACUGCCACCAUCUCCAUGAACAUGAAGCUUUAAGGAACUGUGGAUGUGUUGUAUUGUUGAUCUUGUUUUUUUGGAGGGGGAACAUAUUUUGGUUAAAAAAUACAGCCUACAAUUAAACAUACAUAAUGAAUAACUUUCAGCCUCAUGGAAAGCUGUGGAACCCGGCAUCAUAAGAGUUAAAAACAUUGCAUGGUAAUGCCUGGAUGAUGGUUCCCAAAUCGCCAUAAUCAGCCCAAGAAUAUUUUAAAGCACAUAAUAAUGAAUGAACUCAAAACAAAGGAUCAGUGUUUGUUCUUUGCCAUCGUGUUCAUUGAAAUGGCCACUGUACUUCACAAUUGUCAAUCUUUUGCGUUUUAAGUGUGUCAUAUACAUGUUUAAAAACACACCAUUGAUCUUGUGUAUAAUGUGACAAUAUGGCCAUUCAUUGUUUUAGAACCAAAAAAGGUAAACAAUCUUCACGCAAGAACGCUCAUCAUUCAUCUCAUUUUUAGAGUCAUGUACAGCAGAGUCCCUGUCAGGAAAAUGUUUUAUGGAUUGACAUCCAAGUUUUAAGCAUCUGUAUUAUAUUCAAGUAAAAACUUUCUUUUUAGAAAACCGAAAACAAACACCAGGGAAUGAACUUCUUUGUGAAAAUUGUAAAGCUGUCAGUUCCACCCUGACCGAAAUGUCAUUUAUCACAAAAGUUGCCACAGUAACCUGUCAAGUAGCCGUGAUAACACUGUAGCCGUGUGUGCAGCCAUCGAGACAUGAACAGUUUUCUACUUGCACAGCCGCAAACAUUCACAGUAAAAUGUAAAAAAAAAAAGAAAACUAAAUAUUUUUCUACAAUGUUUCAAGACCUAAGAACGCAUCUGACCCCCUGACCCUAAUUUUGUCAAUUGCUGUAUGGUUUCUCAGUAGUGUGUAUCACAUUAGUUGUUGUCAAAGCUGUUUUGUGCUGCAGUAUUUCCAGGUAUACUUAUUUGUUUAUUGUCAUUUUUUAUUAUUAUUAUCAUUUUGCUUUGUUUAUUGGGGAUUUGAAGAAGUGUGAUGUCUCAUUAUUUGUAGCAUUAUAUGUACCCUGUACCUUAGGCUAACAUUAUUAAGUAUGCUAUGAGAAUGGAUAUUUUACUGGCUUUAUAGAAUGUUACAAUGAAUAUAAUAAUGACAACAAUAAGUUUUAACUCAUCAAAACUGAGUACUCGCUACUAGGCGCUUGUGUUACCAUUACAAAUGUUGUGUGCUUCUCUUAAUCAUUUUCGUUGUAGAAAAAGUGAAUUUUAUUAGGCUUCAACAACUAAUGAUAGCAGUGUAAAUUCAUGGAUGAUUUUUAACAAACAUGGGGGUUAUAGAAGAAUAUAGUUAUUUUAAUCGUUCUAUUUACUAACUGUAGGAUGUGAAGGGGCUUGCGUCGUGGUGAACUAUGUUAUAGCUUGUUAUUCACUGUUACUUUUGAUCAUUUUUCGGUCUCCAAGGUGAAUCGAGUUAUUAAAGGAAAUUUGUAUGCUCACAUAUGCAUAUUGUAUAUGUGUAGAAAUGUAAUCACACUUUGUCUUGGAUUUACAAUAAACUGUUGAGUCACA